UAUAUAUUUUUAGAUUGUGAGACAUGACAUAUUUCAUCAUUAUAAAGCAAGGAAAGUUCGACUUGGUAGUCAUGGUAUAUCCAUUGAGAAAUCAUUGCUAUUGACAUUAUGGACUUUGGCGAAUCAAGAAUCAUUUCGUGGGAUAAGUGAUCGCUUCAACAUCACUCGAGGCAAUGCACAUAAACAUUUUUUGGAUAUGUGCAAAUGUUUACUCAAUCUUGCAAAUGAAUAUCUGCACUGGCCAUCAGAAGCAAAAUUCAGGAAUAUCAAACAGAAAUUUACAACUUUGAGGGUAGGACAUAGUUUCCCGAAUGUUGUCGGUGCAGUUGACGGUAUGCACAUUCCAAUACCUGCACCAAUGGAAGAUUCAGCCAGUUAUUACAAUAGAAAAGGAUUUUAUUCCAUAAUUUUACAAGGUAUCUGUGAUGCCGAAUGUAAAUUCAUCGAUGUAUUUGUUGGAUGGCCUGGUUCAUCACAUGAUGCUAGGGUAUGGCGAGAGAGUCCAAUAGGUUGUGGUCUUGCAGAAGAUAAUCUAAGAUUACCCGAAGGAACGCACCUACUAGGAGAUUCCGCAUAUCCGUUGCAUUCAUACUUAAUGACACCAUUUCGUGACAAUGGACAUUUAAGUCCAAGGCAGAGCAAGUACAAUACAAAACUAAGUUCCAAAAGAAUUGUUAUUGAACAAACAUAUGGUCUUUUAAAAGGGAGAUUCCGCAGACUGCAAUUUUUAAAUAUGUUUCUUAUGAACGAGAUGCAAACUGUAGUUAUUACAUGCUGUAUUUUGCAUAAUAUUUGUAUUGUACACAAUGAUACAUAUGAAUGUGAUGAUUAUGAAGAAGAAAAUCAACAAAAUGAUGAACAGGCAGAUAGAGGAAAUGCUUUGAUUGCACCCGACGGUGCAGCUGACAAGCGAAAUGAAAUAGUGGACUUUUUGUAUCUCGAUAGAUAAAUACAAUGAACUACGUUUAUUAGAAAUCGACGGCAAACUCGUAAAUUGCGACAGUUUAAAU